CAUCGUUCAAUAACUAGGUUUAUCCAUGUACUAUUGAAACAUUUUUGUUUUAUGGAGUUUAGAUGAAGCAAUGAGUAAUGCUGUUCACGGCAAGCGACAAAUACUGUUUACAAAAUACUGUUUAAGUUGCUAUACCAGUGUGACACUUUCAAAAAAAAAACGAUUUUUAUUGCUUAUUCGAUAGAUUAUACUUUCAAAAAUAUCCUGCAAGUCGGCAAGGUCGUAUCUUGAGUAGUUUUUGAAUGGCAGCGUUUAAAGAGUGACCGCUUACAAGUAUAAACCGCUAUAGUUGAAGCUUCAAACGCGUUUUCCUCGAAACGACAUUUUUCAAAAUUGCUGACAUCAUAACUCAACGAGAAAUUGAACGAUCGACUUCAAAUUGAAACUGAUAUUUACUAUACAAUGAUAUUUUGUUUGGUUGAAAAUUGUCAAUUUGGCUUUAAAGAAACGACCAUUUUUUACCUAAAAUAACGACAUUUUUUCCAGAACUACGACAACUACAAAAAAUCAUAAAAUAUUGCUGAAAAUAUAGCUUAUUAUAUCCAAAAAAAACUUCGAAACAUUCGAUCGAGUACUUUCUUAAAACAAAUAUUCACGAAAAUCGCCUAAUUUUUCAGGGGUUAAGUUUUCGGUAUGUUUCAAUUUAAAUUUUACAAAAUACAGUUUAAAUAUGUAUGUAUGUAUAUUUGAUAUGCUGAAUUGCUUAAAAGAAAAUGUAUAUGAUUGUAUAUCGCUCAUCUACACGAAUAGUGUCACAACUAAAAAAAUCCGAUUGCUGAGUAUGCAGAAAUAUAUGUAUGUGCGCAGUUUCAUUGUCCAUAUUUUGUAAAAAUUGCAAACUGAAAAACUUGAAUGUGUGUGUUAGUGCAAAAUGUCAGCAACUGUGUCACCACGUUCAUCAUCGUCAUGGGAAGACUGUGGCGUUUCCAUAGUUGACAUGACAAAUGCGUCCAGUAACAGUGUCGACAGCAAUAACGAGGCACGAAUGAGUUCAGCCGCCGCUGUAGUUAACCAAAGUGAUGAUAUAUUUUUUGUAGAAGAUUCUUCUAGUACAAUAUCUUUGACGCCACCACUUCGAAAGGUUUCUUCUGAUGUACGACUACCAACAUCAACUGCGAACACAGAAAAUGCUGCUAUCAAUAAAUUUAACCCAGCAAAGACAGGCAGAAAAAGAAGGAAGCAACCAGAAAAAUGGAAAAUAAACAUUAUUAAGAAAAAGCGUAACAGUGGAGAGCAAUAUGUAAGUUUGAAGAAAAUUAUGCGAGAUAAAAGAGAAAUAAAACCUGCUUGUAAAAAUUGCCGUUAUGAAUGUACAAAACAUUUUAACGAGGAUAACCGAAAAGAAAUAUUUUCGACAUAUUGGGCACUUGCUGAUAUUGAGAAACAAAGGCAAUUUAUUGCUAAUUGUAUGCAAAUCGUGGAGCCCAGACACCGCUCCGUGUGCGUGGGCGAAAAUAAAAGAACUCCUCGUCAAAAUAAUAUGGCGUAUUUUUUGCAAAAUGGCGAUGUUGCUAUACGUGUUUGCAAAUUAUUUUUUAAAAACACACUUGAUAUCAAUGAUCGGCCAAUACGUACCGUUAUGGCAAAACUUGAAAAACCAGCUAAAGCUAACGAAGUAUUGGAACCUGAUCAGCGAGGCAAACAUGGUAAACAUAAAAAAGUCGAUACUCACAUAGCAGCUGGAGUUAGGGAGUUUAUUGAAAAUAUUCCCAAAAUCGAAAGCCAUUACACGGCGGCAAAUACAACUAAAAUAUACAUUGAGGGCGGUAAAACAAUAUCAAGUAUCUAUCGAGACUAUGUUGAUCUGUGCAAAGAAAAGAAGCAAGCAUUUGCUACGUACAUUUAUUUUUAUACAACAUUUACGGAAGACUUCAAUAUCUCAUUUUUCGCGCCAAAAAAGGAUUUGUGCGCACAAUGCGAGGCCUACACUGAUAUGACAGCAGCAGAAAAAUUGAGCUACAAAGCCAUACAUGAAAACCACUUGCAGGAGUCAAAUUUUGCGCAAGAAGCUAAAAGAAAAGACAUCGAAAAUGAAAAUGCAGUCGUAGCAGUCUAUAAUUGGCAAGCCAUCAUGCAAUUACCGAAAGGCGAAGCCUCCACAUACUACUACAAAUCUAAAAUAAAUGUGUUUAAUUUCACUGUAUACAAUAUGAAAACAAAUAAUUGUCAAUGCUACGUUUGGGAUGAAGCCAAUGGCAAGCGUGGCGUUAAUGAAUUAGGCACAUGCGUUUUGGAAUAUAUAAAAAGUUUGGCGCAAAAUAAUCACGAUGAAAUCAUAUUUUAUUCCGAUAAUUGUGCUGGACAACAGGAAAAUAAGUUCAUCAUUGUUAUGUAUUUAUAUGCCGUACGAUAUUUGGGCAUAAAAUCCAUCACACACAAGUUCCUUAUCAAAGGCCAUAACCAAAACGAAGUUGAUUCAGCACAUACUCUAAUAGAGCGCGUAACUAAACGUAUGCUCAAAAGUGGUCCAAUUUACACCACUGAAUCAUUAAUUACAAUAAUUAGAUCAGCAAAGAAAACUGGUCAACCAUUACUUGUGAAAGAAAUGUGCUAUGAAGACUUUUUUGAGCUGAAAAUAUUACUGAAUGACAUGGGUCCUUUCAAUAUGCGACAAAUUAAACUUUCUGAACUUAAAGUACUAAAAGUACAACGCGCGUCACCCAACACUGUUUUUUUCAAAACAUCUUACGCUGAGGCACAAUACAGCGAAGCAAAUAUAAUCAGUUCCAAGAAGCAGCAAAAUACAAGAAUUGACUUAACCAAAGCUUACAAGUGUAAAAUUGGGAUUCCAAAUAAUAAAAGAGAAGAUAUUAAUGAAUUAAUUGAAAAGAACAUUAUUCCGCGGUUCUAUCAUGAGUUUUAUAAUGCAUUGUAACUAAAUAAUUGUGUUUUGUUUUAUUGCAAUGAAUUCAGUUCAAUAAAACGUUUUCCAACGAUCUACAUUAAAAUCGACUUUUUUGAGUUGUGACACUA